AUGAGUCCUCGAAACUACCAAAUGGCCCCUGGCGCCUACAAUUCUGAUAAAAUCCCUUCAAACAACAGCACAAUGUCGAAUACCGAAGCAGAACUUCAGCAGGAUGAAUCGAUACCCUGGGGCAUGAUUGUCUUUUACAUCCUUUUCUCUCUCUUUUUCCUGUUGACGAUCCUUCGUUGGACUGAUCUCCAACUCAGGAUUUUCUGUGAUUUCAUCAACAGUGGCCGAUGGCGAGCAUACUUCGGAAUGGAGAUACCCGGACGACAUGACCAGGACAACUUCAAAAAGGUAGCACUUGGGGAUGGCCCUUUGUUGGUGAAGAGCGUUGUGAAAAAGGUUCGGUUCUACGACGAUACGACCAUUAUUGAAGGCAUUGAGCGAGUGGAAGCAAAGGGCAAUGGGGUCGAUUGUUCUGGACAAGACGAACCAAAGCACUAA